AUGGAUUUUAUGGAAAUGAAAAAGGGAUUCGCAUCUCCUUUGUUGCCUUUUCACGGGCUUGUACUAUACAGCUACAUGAUAAGCGCACAGUGUCCGGCCAUUAGCGGACCGUGCCGGUGCGCACCGUCGAUCUACGAGCCAGUGGCGAUCAUCUGCGAAAACGCCGGUAGUCUCAGCAAUGCUCUGCAGUCUAUACAACCAGCCAGGAAUGUCUCCAUCGAUUCACUCACAAUACUGGAUACUGCCAUUCCCAACCUGCCCGCUAAUGCCUUCGCGGGCUUCACCAUCCUUCGAUUGGUGCUCAACCGUAACACACUGCAGUCGAUAGACGAUCAAGCAUUCAACGGAGCACUCCUAGACUCGCUGGUCGAACUCGACCUCAACGACAAUAAUCUCGGACAAAUUCCACAAACCGGCCUCACAAGGCUUCGUAAUCUCAGAAAGCUCUACCUGAACAGAAAUCGAAUCAACACCCUUGCAUCUAAUGCGUUCGCCAAUUACGAAAGCAGAGAUCUGCUUAUCAAGCUUUCACUGGCUGGGAAUCGCCUCACAGAUCAGUCUCUCACUGACACAGCAGUGUUUCGACCGCUACGACUGCUGCAGGAACUUUCCCUGGAGACAAAUGCGCUGACCUCGAUUCCUUCGGCUGCCCUGGUAAACCAGCGAGGAACCCUUACCAAUCUCAACCUCGGUUUGAAUAACAUCAAUGAGGUUCCAGUUGGUGCAUUAGACUUUCCGAAUCUAACAUCGCUUUCUCUUGAAUUCAAUGGCAUUACGGUCAUUCCUCCUCAAGCUUUCCAGGGCGUGCCGAAUUUGCAGUACUUGUAUCUGACAGGCAACAAAUUCCCAUCAUGGGCUCCGGAGAUGUUUCGAUACAUAACACAACUGAGAACGCUUGGUAUCGGAGAGACUCCGAUCUCAGUCAUUCCAAACAACGCAUUCAUGCACAUCCCGCAUCUAAUCCGGUUGGAAAUGUCCGAGGCUGCUAUCGAUACGAUUGAACGAGGGGCCUUUCAGCGGACUCCGCAAAUCCAGGCGAUUGUGCUGAACAAGAAUCGCCUCUCACAAAUUCGUGCCGACUUCUUCGAAGGACUCAACGACUUGUACUCAAUCGAUGUGCAAGGAAAUCGUAUCGAAAACGUUCAGCCACUCGGUUUUGCCAACCUACCUUCUCUUACUCAUCUAGAUAUUAGCUACAAUCAACUCCAAACACUACCUGAGAAUGUCUUUCUGAACUCUUUCCUUCCUCGUCCCAACGAUCGACGUGUCAUCUAUUGCUGCGGAAACCCGUGGUUCUGUAACAAUGAUUUGCUGUGGUUCCGUCAGUUGCUUCGAGACAAUCUCGACAUCGAUAUCGAAAAACCAGGAUGUCUCGCGGUUUGCGCUGCAUCGCCAAGCGGCUGCCCUGCUGAGGGCACUCCUUUGAGGGCUGUUGACUUCUGUUUGGAGAACGAAGAGCCUCAACCCCUUACCGGCACUGCUCUCUCGCUUGUUGGAUGGAUUAUACUAGCUAUCAUCAUGACGAUUCUUCUCAUAUCGAUCUGUCUCCUUGCCAUGGUUCGCUACGGAAUGAGUCAUCGUCGCAAGAAGCAGAAGGAUCAGGAAAUCGAGGAUGACGCACGAAUGAUGUCAUCUGCAGCGUCCAUAUACGGAGCGGGCCCCGUGUCCGUCAUCGAACGACCCUACUCGACGGUGCCACCGGUGGCUCUCGAUCUGCCAGCUGCUCACACCCUUGACGAUCGGGCCAGCAACUACUUCUACUGAGCGCCUUCCACUGCUCAGAGCACUGCAACUUGCUCAUGCAUUUUCUGGCAUAACUGCCGUU